AUGUCAAUUUAUAUGCUAAACGAAGGGCAGUUACCGCCAGAGGCCAUUGAAAUAAUCAUUGGAUACAACCGCUGUUCGCUGUCAACAGAAAUUGACUGUCGAUCGGGCAGUCAGAGUUCAUCGAUGUUGCUACACUGUUGUCAGCUUACUGGUCAACAACGAUCAAAUGAUUACGGUGAAUCUGGUACUAAUAGCUAUGGUUGUCGCCAGUAUCCGUUGCAGAGGUGA